GCGGGCUGCUGACGUAUCGCCAUAGCGCGGGGAAUUUCGAGUAGCUGUGGAGCGCGGGGAGGACAGUGGGUGACGGACCCCCCAGCCUACUUAGGAGAAGCCAUGGACUCCCAAGUCGAGCCUCGGUGGCCUCCUGGCUUGGCAGUCAUGAAGACACUAGAUGAUUUGCUGCGGUGUGGAAUUUGCUUUGAAUAUUUCAACAUUGCAAUGAUGAUUCCGCAGUGCUCACAUAACUACUGUUCUCUCUGUAUAAGAAAAUUUCUAUCGUAUAAAACACAAUGUCCAACUUGUUGUGUGACAGUCACAGAGCCGGAUCUAAAAAAUAACCGCGUAUUAGAUGAACUGGUAAAAAGCUUGAAUUUUGCACGGAAUCAAUUGCUGCAGUUUGCCUUAGAGUCACCACCCAUAUCUCCUGCUUCCUCCUCUUCAAAGAACCUUGCUGCCAAAGUACACACUCCGGUGGCCUUCAGACAUUCUUUAAAGCAAGGAAGCAAAUUAAUGGAGAAUUUCUUGAUUAGGGAAACUGGUGGUUCUACAUCAGAGUUGUCGAUAAAAGAGAAUGAAAGCAAAGUCAUCCCUCAAAAAGAGGUGAGCACUUCUUCAAAGACCAAAGAGUCACCUUCUGUAGAAAAGACAGCUCCACGUUCCUUAGUGGCUAAUGUUCCUGAGACACCCUCUACGUCAACUUUGAAACAGGCUGCCAAAGUGGAUUGUCCUGUUUGUGGGGUUAAUAUUCCAGAAAAUCACAUUAAUAAGCACUUAGACAGCUGUUUAACACGUGAGGAGAAGAAGGAAAGCCUCAGAAGUUCUGUUCACAAAAGGAAGCCUCUGCCCAAAACUGUGUAUAACUUGCUCUCAGAUCGCGACUUAAAGAAAAAGCUAAAACAGCAUGGAUUAUCUAUUCAAGGAAGUAAACAACAGCUCAUUAAAAGGCACCAAGAAUUUGUACACAUGUACAAUGCCCAGUGUGAUGCUUUGCACCCUAAAUCAGCUGCUGAAAUAGUUCAAGAAAUUGAAAACAUGGAGAAGACUAGGAUGCGUCUUGAAGCUAGUAAACUCAACGAAAGCAUAAUGGUUUUUACAAAGGACCAAACAGAAAAGGAAAUAGAUGAAAUUCACAGUAAAUAUCGUAAAAAACAUCAGAAUGAAUUUCGGCUUCUGGUGGAUCAGGCCAAAAAAGGAUACAAGAAGACCGUUGAAAUGUCAACAAAAAAAGUAGUAAGAAAAGAAGAUGAAUCUACAGAAAAGCUAUUACCUGUAUGCAUGGAACAGGAAGAUAAAAAGAUGAAAUUCUCAGACACUCUUCCCAUAACAGACCACUUCCCUCAAACAAAGCUGGAAUCCCCAGGGAGAAUGGAGCCUGACAGACCAGAUGAUUCUUCCAGUUGUACUGAUAUUCAAGAAGAAACUCUUUCUUCAUCAGAAUCGGACUCAUUCAAUAGUUCUAGUUCAGACAUCAUAAGAGAUCUUCUAGAAGAAGAGGAAGCCUGGGAAGCAUUACAUAAAAAUGAUCUUCAAGACGCAGAAAUGAGUCCAAGGUUCAAUCGUCGAACAAGAUCAGAUGAGAGUGCUGAGAUCGAGCCGAGAAAUAAACGGAAUAGGAACUAGCGUGGGCUUUGCUGACGUUUCCAGUGUGGUGGGUGGAGUGUGCCACUGUGGGUUGCCAGGCAGACUUCGUGUUCAUAAAUGCCCAAGUGAAGGGGUUAACUUCUCAAUAUGAUAAGUAGCUGAUUGUCAUUCUUUUUAUUUUUUAUUUUUUUGUCUUUCCUGGGAAAAAAUAAGUUAACAAAACAUCCUCACUUGGUUAGUUAACCUCCUGUCUCUAAAACCUCUCUCUGUAAAAAUACAUCCACACAUCCGCCAGCUUUGCAGCGUUCACAGACGUGUUGGCAAAGGAGUUUUGCAUGGUUUUGUUUCUAAAUCAGGAUGUCCUUAAGGCAUUCUCCUCUUCCAUGGAGACACUAACUUGACAAAAUGAUUCUUUUCAACCUCUUUGCCACAAGGAACAGCUGAAGAGUUAAGAGCCUCUGUAUUUCUGGAAAAGCAGGAUGUCAUAAAUCACCUCUUUGGUGCAUGUCAGCUCCUAAUGCCCGGAUGCCAGCAUGCCUGUCACAGCAGUUACGUGAUGGUCGUUGCCCGAGUUUAAUGUAGUCGUUUGUUAUUUGGAGUAGGGUGGUGGGUACUGGAACCUAAAGUCACGAACAAUAACUUUGAAACAUCAAGCAUAUACUUCAGAAAUGGCACUUCAAAAUGAUGUUAGUCUUUAUUUUUUUUUUCCCUUGGAUAAAUCAAAUGUUUAACACUCUGAAUCCCAGCUAUUAAUCAAAAAGAAUGCAAUAAAUGGAUUUUGUAAAUGAAUAGAUUCUGUAUCAAUUUAAAAUAAUGCCCUGAAAACUGUCUUGUGAAUAGUUGAGCACAAGCUACAAAUCAUUGGAAGGGCUUGGUCAGAAAUUGUUGUCUCUGCAAAAUGUCCACCAGACCAGUUCCCAGUUCCUUCCAGAGUUCCUAAUGCCUCUCUUUGGCAUCUCAGAGCCAGCCCUCCUGUCCCUUCCCUGCCCCCACAUCACUGCCCAGCCCAAACACAUCCGCUUUCAAAUAACAUGACAGUACACGUGCCAGUGUUAAGACAACAAAUUUAUGAAUGUGCCAGAGACAUUUGUGACUUCCCCUUUGCAAAGAAUGUCUCCAUUGACUUUGGCUUUUUGGUAUGCUUUUGGGUUUCUGGAUAAUGUGUGGAGUCUCAUUAUGACUUAGAGUUCAGCGUUUUCACAUUUAAAUGGCCGUUUGUUUUCCUUUUGAGUUCUCUGAGCUUCAAAUGGUUAUAUAAGAAUUUGUCAUGGUCAUGUCAUCUGCUACAUUAUGAGUGGUGCAGGGGUACCUGGGUGGCGCAGUCGGUUAAGCGUCCGACUUCAGCCAGGUAACGAUCUCGCAGUCCGUGAGUUCGAGCCCCGCGUCAGGCUCUGGGCUGAUGGCUCAGAGCCUGGAGCCUGUUUCAGAUUCUGUGUCUCCCUCUCUCUCUGCCCCUCCCCUGCUCAUGCUCUGUCUCUCUCUGUCUCAAAAAUAAAUUAAAAAAAACAUUAAAAAUUUUUUUUUAAUUAUGAGUGGUGCAUUAAGGAAACUAAAAGUAGCACCACUCACUAAAUUGACCAUAGGAUCUGAUGUGAGGUCAGUGAGCAAUAUCAAGCAAAAUAAGGUUUAACACUGAUGUGAUAUUUAUGUCACCGAAUUGCCAGAAAUUAUGCUAAAAUGAAAACUGUUUCAUUAAAAAUUGCACACCCACUAUAAAUUAAACUGGAAAUAAUCACUAUUUUAAUUGCAGCUAUAAAAAGAAAACAAAACAAAAAAACCCCAAAAUCCAAACAAGUAAAUUUGAACAUCUAAUUGGGAUCAACAUCAGGGAUUCAUGAAUCAGGCAGCAUCCCAUCUACAAGUAGAAAGGAGCUCCAAGGAGCUGUACAAAAUGGAAUGUUUUUAAAGGCAGAAAGGAGGUGGGACAAGGAAGUCAUUAGCAAAAGAAAAUAUAGGAUGGUUUAGUCAAAUUCCUUUUGGGGCAAGGGGAGGUGGUCUCUCAUGCAGAUCACCUCACUAGUGCUGAUCAGGAAAUUCCAGAUUGGUUAAAGGUCACGUUCCUACAAUGCAACUAAGUCUUAGUUGCUGUUGUGGGGGCAAGUGACUCCACCUUGGGUCUGUUGUUUCUUUUUCUUUAUUUUUGACACAGCAAAAGGAGUCUGCAAGGGAGUAGUGAGACCCAAGUUAGGGAAAUAGGCAAGUGACUAUUCAGUAAAUAAUUGAUUAUCUUCUUAGGUAGCAGUUACUGUGCUGAGCACUGGGAAAACAGAGGUGACCAGAAGCCAUCUGAAAUGAUGGUUUUCAGUAGGGCAGGAAAGAAGAUUUUGCCCCUAAGGGGCUUUUGCCAGUUUGUGGAGACAUUUUUAGGUGUCACAACUGUGGGGUUAGAGGAUUGCCCUUGGUAUGAAUGGAUAGAGACCAAGGAUGCUUCUGAACAUCCUGCAACACACAGGGUAACCCCUAUGGCGUUUUUGCUCAAGCUGCCAUAACAAAGUACCAUGGACUGGGUGACUUAAAAGGAAAAAAAGUUUUUUUCUGCCAGUUCAUGGAGGGUAGCAGUCUAAGAUGAAGUUGUCAGUAGGGUCAGUUUCUUCUCAGAUCUCUUUCUGGGGCUUGUAGAUGGCCACCUUCUUGUUGUGUCCUUAGAUGAUCUUUCCUCUUUGCACACAUUUGUGUCAUAAUCUUCUAAGGACAGCAAUCAUGUUGGAUCAGGGCCCAUCCAUGACACUUCACUGUACUUUAAUUAUCACUUUAAAAACCCUAUUUCCAGGGGUGCCUGGGGGGCUCAGUUAAGUGUCUGACUCUAAAUUUUGACUCAGGUCAUGAUCUCAAAGUUCAUGCGUUCAAGCCCUGUGUCGGGCUCCCACAGUGAGAGUGUGGAGCCUGCUUGGGAUUCUCUCUCUCCCCCACUCUCUCAUCCCAACCCCUGCUCAUGCUCUCUCUCUCUCUCUCUCUCAAAAAUAAAUAAAUAAACUUAAAAAAAACAACCCUAUUUCCAAAUGCAUUCACAUUCUGAGGUACCAGGGGUUACACCUUCAAUAUAUUAAUGGCAGGGUCCGGGAACACAGCUUAGUCCAUGACACCUCCCAGUUAAGAAUUAACUGGUCCAUUAAAAUUGUCAAUGGUACCAAGAUUGAGAAACCCUGGUGUAAAGGAUCUCCCAAGUCUACUUGAAAAAUGAUUCCUAAAGGGCAUUUACUGAGCUCUAUCAGCACUUAGGAUACACUUAAUACUCAUUAUUGAAGGAAAGGUAAUUUUAUUUCCAUUUGAGAAUGCAGAACUUAGGUUAAGUGUUAGAUCUAGGAUUGAAACCAAUAAGCUUUUGGUUCCAAAAUUCAUCUGUUAGUGAAAAUGUGAUCCUCACCACUGGUUAUUUAUUUAUUCUCUUUACCUCCUAACUCCCAUCCAGGGUAUUAACAGCUCCCAUGAGUACGUCAUCCCACAAUGGCAGUGAUGCUUUUGGUUUGGGAUGGUGUAAGUGAGCUGCUGUGUACUUUAGAAAGGGACCUCCAGGUUGAUCUCAUCUGACAGACCAUGCUUUUAUCCUCUUAUCCCUUUUCUCUUCUUUAUACCCCUCAUUGAGAGUCAGUGGUCUAGUUGAAAAAGUAAUUCAUACACAUAAGACAAUGUGAGUAGUAUAGGGAGGGUAGUAUAUAUUUAAGAAGUAACUCGUGGUUGAAGAGGUUCAGAGCAAGUCUCCCUAAAAUGUGCCACUUUGGCAUGUGGUAAUUGAGCUGAACAAUUGAGACUCUGCAGGCCCAAGAGAAACUUUUUGCCAUUCCCUUAACUGUCUAAAAGAAUUUAAAUGAGGUCUUUCCCAGAGUUAGAGUUAAUACCAAAGAUAAAUUUUAUCUGAGUAACGUAUCUCAUAUAAACAUCUAAUUACAUCUAAAACAUAUGCUUUUUCUCAUUAGCCUGUGAAUUGCCUUCCUUGUCUUUGAACCCCCAGGCCCCUAUCCCAUUCCUUAGCUCAUGAUGACAUAUAUACUUCAUUUUACCUUUCUGUCUUUGAGCGUCUCGUGUAUGUGGGGUUCCCAUACAUACAAAAUUAAACUUGAUUUUCUUCUGCUAAUGUAUCUCAUGUCAACUUAAUUGUUAGCACCAGCUGGAAGAAACUUUGAAGGGUAGAGGAAAAAUUUUCCUCCCCAGCAUGGCAAAGAUUCUGGUCAACAGGAAUAAACAAGAGAGGUUUUGGAGAAAAAAAAAAUUUUUUCUUAUGGCUCUCGGUCUGUAGAAUGAGAAGAAAACAAUGAUCUAGAUUACUACACUGAUGAUUGCUGUGGUUAAACUCAAGAAUUGAGUUUUCUUAGAACUGGGGAAAAGGCAGAAAUGGUGGAUUACAAAAUUCUUAGCCUCUGCUAAAAGAAAAUAGCAAUUCUUGAAAUGAGACACAGUGUUUUCCUGUUAUGUGUUUCUUUUUAUUGUAAAAGUAAUUAGGAACAUUAGAGGGGGGAACCAGUGUAGCCAUUGAAUUCAUGACCAUUUUGAUAACGUUUCUUUGGUUUUAGUCUUUGAACAUAUCAGAUGUCCUUCGCAAUAACCACUUGAGGUUAUAAACAGGUCAUGCUGGCACUAACACCUCCUGUUACUGGCUACCUACACUUGGGCCUUAUGGGGGCAUUUCCCCAUCCCAUUCCCCGUAUGUCCAGGUAUCCCUGGCCUCAGGCUACUGAGAAUAUAAGAGCAAGUCCAUGCCUCAGUAUGUUGCUGCUCUCCUACCACAUUCCUGCUGGGCAUCUGUCACCCUUGUCAGUGGUCUCUGCACUGCUGGUCCUGCCAGAGAAUCCCGACUUGCUGGGAUGCCAUGUACCAAGGCAUCCCUCUACUCCUGUUGAUUUCACUGAUUCUUGGCCUUGCUGUGUUCUCUGCAGAAGCAAUGAAAGUGUGUUCCCCCAGUCCGAUAGUGUGCUGUCACCUGGGCCCAUUGUGUCCUUCAUAAAAAUUUUUCUGCUUCUCCCUCUUUCCUUACCCCCUUUUCUUUCUCCCUUUCCCCUUUAUCUCUCUUUCCUCUUUCCCUUCUCUGCCUUUCCUUGAGUAUGAUGACUGCAUGUCAGGUAGUAGUGCAAAACAGACCCUGCUAUAAUGGGACUUGUAGACCACAAGGGUAGACGGACAUUAAUUAUACAAAUUAAAAUUGUGAUAAGUAAAAUAAAGCAGAGGUACAUGGCCCUGUGAAAAUAUGUAAUAGGGGGAUUUUGAUUUUGCCUAUAAGCUCUGUAGGAACUGAAAAAUCAGUUCGAGGGGAUAAUGUUAAUCACCGUAGUCCUGCUUUGUCCUCUAUGUCCUAAUCCCCAGGAAACUGUGCAGGUACCUUCUGACUUUUUGGUCCAAAUAUUAAAAUAUUCAUGGAAGUCAACUUAAGCAAA